GCGGGGCCGGCUGCGGGAGCCGAGGCGGCGGACCCCAGGAGCUCCGUGGUGUUCUCGCUGAAGAACCAGGUGGGCGGCCUGGCCAGGGCUCUGCAGGUGUUCCAGGACAUGGGCGUGAACGUGCUGCACAUCGAGUCGCGGCCGUCGGCCCGCCGGCCCGCCGAGUUCGAGAUCCUGGUGGACGUGCAGUGCGACAACCGCCGCAUGGAGCAGUUGGUGCGCCUGCUGCGGCGCGAGGUGUCCGCCAUCAACCUGGCCGAGUUCGAGGGCGGCGAGGACCUGCCGCCCCCCACGCCGCUCUCCGCCGCCGCCAGCUUCGACUUCGGGGACAUGCCGUGGUUCCCGAAGAAGAUCUCGGACCUGGACCGCGCGCAGAGGGUGCUCAUGUACGGCAACGAGCUGGACGCCGACCACCCCGGUUUCAAAGACCCGGUGUACCGGAAGAGACGCGUGGAGUUCGCUGACAUAGCCAGCUCAUACAAACACGGCCAGCCAAUCCCGAAGGUGCAGUACACCUCCGAAGAAAUACAAACUUGGGGAACCGUGUUCAGAGAGCUGCAGAAGCUGUACGUGAAACACGCCUGCAAGGAGUACUUGGAGAACUGGCCGCAACUAGUCAAGUACUGCGGCUACAGGGAAGAUAACAUACCUCAACUGCAAGAUGUGAACGUCUUCUUAAAACGCAAGACGGGCUUCCAGCUGCGUCCCGUGGCGGGCUACCUGACUCCGCGCGACUUCCUGGCCGGCCUGGCGUUCCGAGUGUUCCACUGCACGCAGUACAUCCGGCACUCGUCCGACCCGUUCUACACCCCUGAGCCGGACUGCUGCCACGAGCUGCUCGGCCACAUGCCCCUGCUGGCCAACCCGAGCUUCGCGCAGUUCUCCCAGGAGCUGGGGCUGGCGUCCCUCGGCGCCUGCGACGAGGAGGUGGACAAGCUGGCCACGCUGUACUUCUUCACGGUGGAGUUUGGUCUCUGCAAGCAAGACGGCCAGCUGAGAGUGUACGGUGCCGGACUCUUGUCCUCGGUGGCAGAGCUCACGCACGCCGUCAUGGCCGCUGACAAGAUCAAGCGCUUCGACCCCGAGAUCACGUGCAAAGAGGAGUGCAUCAUAACGGCCUACCAGAAUGCCUACUACUACACGGACUCCUUCGAGGAGGCCAAGGAGAAGAUGAGGACGUACGCCGGCCACAUCCAGCGGCCGUUCGACGUGCGCUACAACCCGUACACGCAGAGCGUGGAGGUGCUGAGCAACGCAGAGAAGAUAGUGACGCUGGUGUCGGAGCUGCGCGGCGACCUGUGCAUCGUGAGCAACGCGCUGCGCAAGAUACAGGCCCAAGACGACACGGUCGACGUGGAGGGCAUCGCGAACCUGCUCCACUCGGGCAUAACCGUCGAUCCGGACAAGGAGACGGAGAAGGAGUAGUCACGGACACAAUCUCUGUAGGGCGUCCCGGCUGAAGAGACCAGUUUUGAAAUAUUUGUACUACAUGUUUUCUUUCAGUCGGUACAGGAGCAGGACAGGCUAUGUUUGAUUUGAAUUCUGUGCGGUUGUUGACAAAGUAUGUUGAUCUCAAUAUGUUCAGAUUAGCUGGAACACACUAUAUGUACCUUUCUUCCCACGUGUUCCUGUGGUCAAGCUAGACGUACGUCCGACAGUUUACGGCACUUCUGCACCUGUGUCGAAGCCUUAAAGUAAUCUCGAUAUGAGUUUACUUUACAAAGAAAUAAUUUGAACACAGAUUUUAUGAAAUCAGUUAUAGAAAAAUUCUGCUUUAGAAUCAAAUCUGUUAACUAGUUAAAGAGCAGCAAUUAGAAUCAUGCUCCUAUAAAAUACCUACAAAAGAUUUUUUUCAAUCUACCCUUACAAAUUUUUAGAAACUAUUAGGACAAAUGAUAAGCCUAGGAACCAAUAAGGCCAUUCAACGAAAUGUCCUGAAAUGCACGCAAAACCCACUGUAUGCUCUCAGAAUGGCAUACCUAUUGACAUGUGCUUCCUUUUACUAAAAGCAAGACAUAUUAAACUUAUAGGGAAAUAAAUUGGAACUCACAAUCCAACAUUGGUUAUGGCGAAGGCAGGGAAGAACAGGGCUAUUAAUUUAAACAUUAACAGUUUAAAAUUGUUUCAAAAAUAUGGUAAAAAGAAAUAUACAUAACAAGGUGGCUUUAAUACAAACAAAUGUUUAUUUUAUUUUUUGAGUUACCUACACAAAGUGCAUAAGAAACCUAUUAAGUUUGUUUAUGUAAAUAGAACCAAACUCCUUGUGCCUUGUGCUGUCAUCUGUAAUGCAAUGAACCAAUUACCAUCAAGAUUUAAUACAACAACCGUAACAUAACAAUUUUUUCAGCAUCAUGCAUUGGUUGCUUAGUUCCUCUUGUAUAAAAGGCAUACCAAUUUACAUUUGACAAUAUGUAACCCUUACAUAGGGAUGACAAUCUGCAUGUCUGCAUGUCUGCGAGUACCUACCUAUAUGAUACAUGUAAUAAAUUUAUUUUUUAACUUACACAAAGGAAAAUAUGACAAUACUCUGUAGCCUGACAUAAUAUUUAACACACUAUUUACAAAAUGUUAUUCUAGCUGAAGAGAAACUAUAUCAUAAAAAAUAACUGUACAUUAAAUAUAUUGUUGCAUGACAUUAACACUAAAAAAAAUCUAUGCAAAAAAAAAUUGUCAAAUAUUUAAUUUAUGUGUGUUAAAGUUGGUGUAUAGUAGAAUAUGUAUAAAAGGAACAAUGUAUAAACAGUAAAAAAUGGACCAAUUAGCAUAUGUAAAAAAAACUGCACAAGCUAUGUUAGACAUACAAAGUAAAAUAAAAGAUUCUUGUAAAAAUUAA